ACUCGGAGCUGAGAGGAGCUGCUGCUCGGACCAGCGCGGUUAUAUUUCACACUAUGUGCUGACUGUAUCUACAGAAGAUAUUUAAAAAAAGAUAAACUUUUUUCAAAGAUUUUGAUUCCAGUGGAAUCUUUGCUUUAGAUUUUUGUGUGUGUGUGUGCGUGUUAGUGAAUUGUAACUCCAGAAGCAAUGCCUGUACAAGCUCCACAAUGGACGGAUUUCCUUUCUUGCCCAAUUUGCACUCAGACUUUCGACGAAACAAUUCGAAAGCCCAUCAGUUUGGGCUGUGGCCAUACUGUCUGCAAAAUGUGCCUGAAUAAACUCCACCGUAAGGCUUGCCCAUUUGACCAGACCACUAUCAAUACGGACAUUGAGCUCCUUCCUGUGAACUCAGCAUUACUGCAGCUAGUGGGUGCUCAGAUCCCUGAGCAACAGCCCAUUACUUUGUGUAGUGGGGUUGAAGAUACAAAGCAUUAUGAGGAAGCCAAGAAAUGUGUAGAAGAAUUAGCAUUGUACCUGAAACCACUCAGCAGUGCGAGAGGAGUGGGUCUGAAUAGCACUACUCAGAGUGUUCUGAGUCGCCCAAUGCAGAGGAAACUUGUGACUCUGGUCCAUUGCCAGCUAGUGGAAGAAGAAGGCAGGAUCCGUGCUAUGAGGGCUGCUAGAUCUUUAGGUGAACGCACAGUUACGGAGCUCAUUCUCCAGCAUCAGAAUCCUCAGCAACUCUCUUCUAAUCUCUGGGCAGCAGUCAGAGCUAGGGGCUGCCAGUUCCUUGGACCAGCAAUGCAGGAGGAAGCUCUGAAGCUGGUCUUGCUGGCCUUGGAAGAUGGUUCUGCAUUGUCACGGAAAGUGUUGGUUCUCUUUGUGGUGCAAAGACUGGAGCCACGUUUUCCUCAAGCCUCUAAAACCAGCAUUGGACAUGUUGUUCAGCUCCUCUACAGAGCCUCCUGCUUCAAGGUCACCAAACGUGAUGAAGACUCUUCUUUGAUGCAGCUGAAAGAAGAAUUUAGGACUUACGAAGCUCUGAGGCGAGAACAUGACUCCCAGAUAGUGCAGAUUGCUAUGGAAGCUGGCUUAAGGAUUGCACCAGACCAGUGGUCCUCUCUGCUUUAUGGGGACCAGUCUCACAAAUCUCAUAUGCAGUCUAUUAUUGACAAGUUGCAGACCCCUGCCUCUUUUGCACAGAGUGUUCAGGAGCUAACAAUUGCUCUCCAGCGGACUGGAGACCCAGCGAAUUUGAACCGACUAAGACCCCAUUUGGAGCUACUAGCAAACAUUGACCCUAGUCCAGAUGCUCCUCCUCCAACAUGGGAACAGCUAGAAAAUGGACUGGUUGCUGUACGUACAGUAGUACAUGGACUGGUUGAUUAUAUCCAGAACCACAGCAAAAAAGGAGCAGAUCAACAGCAGCCUCCACAGCAUAGCAAAUACAAAACAUACAUGUGUCGAGAUAUGAAGCAAAGGGGAGGAUGCCCUCGUGGGGCCAGCUGUACGUUUGCACACUCACAGGAAGAACUGGAAAAAUUUCGUAAAAUGAACAAACGUCUGGUUCCCAGAAGACCCUUGAGUGCCUCUUUGGGUCAACUUAAUGAGGUGGGCCUGCCUUCAGCACCUAUACUUCCUGAUGAAAGUGCAGUGGAUUUGUCAAGCAGAAAACCUCCUGCACUCCCAAAUGGAAUUGUAUCAUCAGGGAGCACAGUGACACAGCUGAUUCCACGUGGGACAGACCCCAGCUUUGAUUCUUCUCUGAAACCAGUAAAGCUAGACCAUCUGAGCAGCAGUGCUCCAGGGUCCCCUCCUGACCUGCUGGAAUCUGCCCCUAAGAGUAUCUCUGCCUUACCUGUGAAUCCACAUCCUGUACCUCCAAGGGGACCAACAGAUCUGCCUCCCAUGCCUGUCACCAAACCAAUUCAGAUGGUACCUCGAGGGUCUCAGCUAUAUCCAGCACAACAAGCAGAUGUUUAUUAUCAGGAUCCUCGAGGAAGUGCCCCAGCUUUUGAGACAGCACCUUAUCAGCAGGGUAUGUACUAUACUCCACCACCAUGUGUGUCCCGCUUUGUCCGACCUCCACCAUCUGCUCCUGAACCUGGUCCUCCAUACUUGGAUCAUUAUUCACCCUACCUCCAAGAUCGUGUCAUAAACUCUCAGUAUGGCACACAGCCACAACAGUACCCACCUAUGUACCCACCUCACUACGAUGGCCGCCGUGUAUAUCCUGCUCAGUCUUAUACAAGAGAGGAGAUGUUCCGGGAAAGCCCUAUACCCAUUGACAUUCCAUCUGCAGCAGUGCCAUCCUAUGUACCUGAGUCCAGAGAACGAUACCAACAAGUAGAGGGUUACUACCCAGUGGCUCCUCAUCCAGCUCAGAUCAGACCUUCAUACCCCAGGGAUCCUCCUUAUAGUCGACUUCCUCCUCCCCAACCCCAUCCUAGUCUGGAUGAACUACAUCGAAGGCGGAAAGAAAUAAUGGCCCAGCUAGAGGAAAGAAAAGUCAUCUCCCCACCUCCUUUUGCACCUUCACCAACAUUGCCUCCUGCAUUCCAUCAAGAGGAAUUUUUGGAUGAAGACUUGAAGGUAGCUGGAAAAUACAAAGCAAAUGACUAUAGCCAAUAUUCUCCUUGGUCAUGUGAUACCAUCGGCUCCUACAUUGGAACCAAAGAUGCAAAACCCAAAGAUGUUGUGGCAGCAGGGAGUGUGGAAAUGAUGAAUGUAGAAAGUAAAGGAAUGAGAGACCAGAGGUUGGAUCUUCAGAGAAGAGCAGUGGAAACUAGUGAUGAUGAUCUCAUCCCAUUUGGAGACCGACCAACAGUAUCUCGAUUUGGUGCCAUCUCUCGAACAUCUAAAACACUGUAUCAGGGUGCUGGCCCAAUGCAAGCUAUCGCACCUCAGGGAGCACCCACAAAAUCUAUUAACAUUUCUGAUUACAGUGCAUAUGGAGCUCAUGGUGGCUGGGGAGACUCUCCAUACUCACCUCAUCCAAACCUACCUCCUCAGGGACACUUCAUUGAGAGGGAGAAAAUGUCUAUGGCAGAAGUGGUCAGUCAUGGAAAACCCCUUCUGUCUGCUGAAAGAGAACAAUUACGGCUAGAAUUGCAGCAACUGAACCAUCAGAUCAGCCAGCAGACCCAGCUCCGUGGACUAGAGGCUGUUAAUAACCGGCUAGUGUUACAGAGGGAGGUGAACACCCUGGCAAGCCAACCACAGCCCCCUCCACUGCCUCCAAAAUGGCCUGGAAUGAUCUCAAGUGAGCAGCUAAGCUUGGAACUGCAUCAGGUGGAAAGGGAAAUUGGGAAGAGGACCCGGGAAUUGAGUAUGGAGAACCAGUGUUCUGUAGACAUGAAAAACAAACUGGGUACAAGUAAGCAAGCAGAAAAUGGACAGCCAGAGCCGCAAAACAAGGUCCCCACUGAGGACCUUACAAUGACAUUCAGUGAUGUACCAAAUGGAUCAGCCUUGACACAAGAGAGUCUCAGCCUCCUGUCAAACAAGACCAGCUCUUUGAACCUGUCAGAAGACCCUGAGGGAGGAGGAGAUAACAGUGAUUCCCAGAGAUCAGGAGGUGUUUCCAAUUCUGCUCCCUAGAAUAUGGGUGCCUGCUUCUACCUUCUGCUCCUAAUCAGUUCAUGGGGCAUAGGGAUAGAAAAAUGGAUAACUUCUAAACUUUUUCUCUGAGUGGUCAGUGAAGUCCAGGAAAAGCACUGGAGGCAAUGUGCACAAACACCACUACUAAACAAACCUGCACAUAGUUCACAUUGAUGCAUUUUUUUUUUUAAUUUUAAGAAAAAGAAAAUUAGCAGUAUCUGCAAGCAAUUCAGAUUAAAUUUGUUUUUGUUCUGUGAAUGAACUUUAUUUUAAUAACUUUGGACGCCUUGGAUCCGGGGCUUUAAAAAAAAAAGAAGAUAUUAUAUAUACACUCUGUUUGAUUAAUUGUAUGAUCUUGAUGAAGUAGGUUUUUCUUGUAUUUUGGUAUUAUUACAUACCCAGUGUAUAAUUCCUUUUUCCCAGUCCUUUCCAACUCCUACAACCCUGUAAGCUAAAAUAGACAAAAUGCACCGUUUCUCAGAAUUCUGUGGUAACGGAGUGGGUUGUUAGAAAGUGUGCAGCAAACUAAUUUUAUUAGAGCUAUUCUUUAAUUCCCCCCCACCCCAGCCCUGCCUCUGGAUCACUAGCUUCAUGGAUAGAUACUUGGGUUUUUUUCUACAACAGUAAAACUUUAUUUGAGUAGGGUAAAGUUUUAGUUUCAACUUUUCAGAGAUGUCAACAUGCAGUUGAUGGUUUGAGCCACACAUUUCCAUGUUAAGGAUUCCUUGCAUUCUCUCCAUAAAAUCUGAAAGCCUAUUUAGUGUUUACAAUGUUUAGUUAGAUUUAAAUGAAAAUUAUUUUACUUUAAGAAUGAACUCUAAGUUGGACAUAAUGGCUCAUUCCUGUAAUCCCUGGACUCAAGAUGUUGAGGCAGGAGAAAACCAGAAGAAGAAAAGAAAUGAGCUUCAACUUGUUAAUAGUAAAAUAGGCAAUGCCUGUUCUCCUGUGUUGAGCUCAUGUUGGAAAAUUCGAACUGUGCUUACAAAUUAAACUUCUCUUGAAACCCUAGAAUAGAAACACCAGGACAGUGAACCAUAUUCUAAAACUUGGAGAUGGCUCAGCAGAAGAUCACUGGCUUCUCUCCCGGGUUCUUCCCAACACCCACAAGGUGGCUCACAACUGCCCAUAACUCCACUUCCAAGGGACCUGACACCCUUUUCUGGCCCUCGUGGAUACCAGACACACAUGGGUGCAUGUGCAUAUACACAGACAAACCACACAUAUGAAGAAAAACUUUAAAUUAAAAUAAAAAAACACUUGAUAUGAACUUCAGUAAAUAAGGACACAUUAUUUCAACGGAAUUUUUGUUUUCCUUUCAAAAGUGUAAACGAUUUGACAGAUAGAAGCUGAGUCUUCAGGAUAGUUCAUGCUUUGAUCACUUGUCAGUACUCAUAAUUACUAACAUAACUAUAAAAAACUUGAAGUGGGUUUUUAUAGACCUGGCUUUCUGACAUUAAAAAUGUUUAGUUCUGCUGCACAUAUUCUAAUGCUACCACUGUAUGCUUAAUUUACUAAGCCCCUCUAAAAUGAGUUCAGCGGGGCACCAUUUUGUAGAAUCACUCCAUCCCUCUGAUUGCCUGAUGUCAGUUUCCCUUUCUAGAUGAUACUACUAAACAAGAAAGCACUGGUUAUGUAAUAAGUUACUGCAUUGCUUUGGUUGGGUAAAAGCAAAGUUUUAUUUUCCUUAUUUCGUAUAUUCUUAACCCUUAACUCUUGCUGAGGUCAGAGCCACCUCAGUCUAAGCUCUGUGUCCAUCAUCUUGUUAAUUGAAACAAGUGGGUGGGGGUGGGAUAAGAAUGGGAUGGGGUGGGAAGGGAAAAAUAGUCUUGCCAUUGCCUACCAGUAGGAUAUCCAAACAGAACACUCAUUUGAGUAGCGAUUAUUUAAUUUGCCCAGUCAAGGCACCGUGUUUAUAUACUAUUUCACAUUGAAUUUGAUUAUGCCCUACAGACCUGGCUGGUCAAGGAUUUGAUAUACACAUAUUGGCUUGGGAUUCGAGCUUUCUUUUUUAUUUAAAUAAAAAUUUAUAUAUAUAUUAUAUAUAUACACAUAUACAUGGCUAUAUCUGUAUAUAUAUCGGGUAUGUUUUAAAGAUUUCUUCGCAUGAGCGCAGCUGUUGCAAUAAGAUGACUGAUUGGGAGGUAGAGGCACCGAAUGACGGUGAGGCAUUUCUCAGUUGAAGCAUACAUUUUCCUUUUAAUUUUAAAUACACAUUUGUACAUUUGCUUUUUUGGCUUUUUUUUUUUUUUAAAGAUAAAAUGUCUCUUACAUUUAUACUUUGCUCAUUAUUUAUUGAGAUAAGGAAAGAAAUGUUAUGUCUGACAGGAUUUUUAUUUUUCUGUAUAUCUAUAAAACGCCACAUUAUUGGCCUCUUGCCUUUCGUAGACAGAUUCAGGUGGAUCUUAUCUCCCUUGAACAUGUCAAGAUAAUUCCUAAGUCUUAGAAGCAGAUGGGUUUUUGUUGUUGUUGUUUUAAAAAUUGGAAUAAUUAAGGGAAAAUCUGCAUAUUGGUUUUCUUGGGAGUUAAGAGUAAAAGUAAAUUUCCAUUGUAGUGUAUGAAAUCCUCAAAAUGUACACUCUGCUGCGGUGCACUAGUCCCCUUUUAGGUGUAUUUUUAUUUAGGGAAGAAAAUUAGUCUUUUAAAUGGUAUUAUGAGUUCCCCACGCCUCAUCUCUGUAGCCAUUCUGGGUUGGGUAGAAAGUGGAAGACUGAGCCUACAAUUUUGCUAUUUGGUUAUUUUCCCUUACCAAUUUUUAGGUGGUUGGGGUUGGUUUUUUUUGGGGGGGGGGUAGACAGUAUUAUUUGUGCCUACUGGCAGGUUUAGGGAUUCAAUAAAACCUCUCACAACUUGGAGGGUUUUUUCCCCCUUUAACAAACUCGAUGUUAUGAGGCAACAAUAAAUUAAAGCAUAACUUUAUGACUUUUAACUGCUUUUUUUGUUAAAAUCUGAAAAGCAUUGAUUUUUAUUUGUGUCUUUAGAGACAUUUAAAAAAUGAAGCCGAUCAAAUAGGAAGUAGAGCUUCUGCACCACCAGCCCUGCCCUUUUAAAGACAGUCUUAGCAUGUAGCCCACACUGGUUCUGAACUCAAGAUCCUUCUGCUUCAACCUUGUGAAUGAACACUGGGAUUUCAGGCACAUGCCACCAUGCUCACCACGAUCAGCAAUGUGUAUGUAUGGUUUUUCACUUAAAUGGUUUCUUCUGAAGAUGAUUCCUUUUUACUGUAUCCAAGAGCAAGAAUCAUCUCAGAUGAACACAGACAAUUCUGGAAGGGUUAUGCAGCAUUAUAUUCAUACUUGUUCAGAAACAAAGUCAGUAUGUUAACUGUAGUGAAUAAAAAAGUACUUUGGCUCAUUCUGUUUUCAGUGAGUCUCUGGAAAGUGAUAAAGGAUCUGAGAAUGGGAUAUCUAGGCUCAGUCUCCUAUUUAUAGUCAGAGUCUGAAUGUGACCAAAGAGCCAUUUCUUACUACUUUUCUAGUUAAACAGAACUUGUACCAUAGGUUUCUAGUAGUGAUGUUCAAAUGACAUCAAUGUUCAAGACACUAUUAUUAGUAAUUACAAAUAUUCAACUACUCAGAAUGUAUAAGAACUUGUCUGGCACGUACGGCAUUAAUGUGGGUCAUUCCUUCUCUCAUCUUCCUUUCCUUGUGUUUUUUUUCCCAUGUAUUUAUUCUUUUGCCUAACAGCAGAAGAUGGAUACAAUUCUCACGUGCUACUUGGAUACAUGAUCCCAUCAGACUCCCAUGAGCUUCAGUGUGGGAGCUUGAAAUUUAGUUUCUAAGUUUCCCAUGAUUGUCUUUUUUUUUUUUUCUUUUCUUCCUGACCCCUUGCCAUUCUGCAGUUUCCCCUUGACUUACCCAAUCUGUAACAGUGACAGUUUGCUGCUUCUAAACAGAGCAUUCAAAUGAAUUCGCUUAGCCAAUGACUUCUGUGAAGUUGCCUUUUCUAAUGGCGUUAUUACUCAGUGAUGCACAGAUGUGGUAUUUGCCCUACUGGCAGGCAAGCAAAGGUCUGGCAAAGAAUAAUAACUUGCUAUUUCUUUAAGGAGCGCCAAAGACUUGUGCUUUACUCUGUUUGGUUUUAGGGGAAAUAGUAGCCAUUUUGAUUAUGAAAUCUGGUAGUAUUUGUAAGUUGAUUGUGCGGUGUAAAUGUCUACAGUUAACUGUUAAGGUUAGCUGGCCUUAUAAAAUGUAAAAGUAAUGAAAAUUUAUCAGUUUCUCUAAACCAGUAAAUAUCAUCCUUGACAA